AUGCGACUGGUUGCUAGAUCUGUAGCACCACUUAUCGAUAGUCUGCCGAAUGAAUUAAAGGUGGCUACGGUAGACUUUAUACCACCACCCGGUUGGAAUCCAUCGAUUCCAUUGCCGGCUCUGAAAGGCCAUGGGGGAGAUAGAGUUGUCGUUGACCAAACAUUUUAUGGGUUUACUCCUUUGAAUGAGCCACAAGAACCAGUAGCUAUUGACAUUAUUGCGGUCACAGGACUAGCUGGAAACGCCUUUGGUUCAUGGGCAUCAGAGCCAACACAUAUGUGGCUACGAGAUAAACUAGCUGUGGACUUUCCCAAUGCAAGGAUCAUGAGCUAUGGGUUUGACUCUCACUUGAAAGGCAGUCAGUCAGAGGCCGUUGUCUCAGUGUUCAGUUCUCGUUUCCGAAGUGAUGUGGAAGAGAUCCGCAGACAUGCAUCAAUGCCUGAUGGAACAUGGGCAAGGCAAGGGAUAGAAAAGAUGAUGGUACCUCCUGACUCGGCAGUGCUUGGGAUCGGGACAAGGGAGGUAGAAGUUCCGUGUAUCACAGAUCACUCUCGACUAGCAAAAUUCCCCGCUACAAGUCAGGGUACUGCAUAUCCACAAAUUCAAGGAGCAAUUAUGAAGUCGAUACGGACAACUCCUCUAGGACAUGAGGAACUAAUAGAUGCUAUACGAAACCAAGCCUCGAAAAGGGUUGAGACACUUAUCAAAUCAGGCGACUUUUGUCUCGACAGGCUUGCUCAGAAUGGCGACACCGCUCUGGUACUUGCCGCUAAAUGGGGUUCUAAAGUUGCUGUAAAGUGCUUGCUAGCCUACGGCGCCAAUCCGAACCAAUGUGACGAAGCAGGAUGUACGCCCCUGUUUGCGGCCGCCGGUCAAUAUGAGGCAUCGCUCGACGUCGUCAAGCUGCUAGUUGAGAAUGAUGCAGACAUCAACUCGGUAUCAGGUGAUUUGAAAUGUACACCACUACAUGGAGCUGCUCAAAUACCCUCAAAUUCCCAUAUUCUUCAAUACUUAUUAAGCCGUGGUGCAGCUACAGAGGUUCGAAAUGCACAUGGACUGACCCCUCUCUAUAUCGCCUCACGCCAGAACUGUGUAUUUUCUGUAAAACUGUUGAUACAGUAUGAAGCAGUUGUUGACUCAUGCAACUGGGACUUCAAAGACAGGAAAUAUGGAGAAACACCAUUGAUAGCAGCAGUUUAUUUUGACAAAGGAAUUGCCCACAACACACAUGUGAUAGAAUUACUAGUUCAGGCUGGCGCCGAUAUCAAUUUCCGAGCUGGAAGUUCAAAACACACAGCCUUAAUGAUUGCAUGUCUAAAGGGCUAUGAUCGAGGGGUAAGAUGCUUGCUCGAACAAGGUGCUGAUGAAGGCAUCAAAGACGCCAAUGGCAACAAUGCUUUGAUGUAUGCCGCAAGGAUAGGAAAUGUGCACAUAAUUAUGGUACUGGCCGAAUAUGGUAGCUCCAGCAUUGACACGCAAUCUGCCCAAAGGCGGGUCUUAGAUUGGGCCAUCUAUUACGGAAAGCUUGAAAUAGUUAAGUAUCUCUUAGCUUUAGAUCCUGGCUACAGGCCAAUAGGUAUUGAUGAGCGGUUUGCAAGUAAUAUCAAUGAACAGAUGAGAGAAGAGAUUGAGGCAUAUCUUCCUAAGGAUAGCAAUAGCGAUAUGCCUGUCAAAGGGUUGACAUUUUGGGACCGAUACAGAUGGAAAAGGAAGCAAAACAGAUAG